GGCCCCGCUGGUUCGUCACGUGGGCGGGCGCCGAACAUGGCGCUGGGGGCGGCAGCGACGGCGCGGGGCUGGCGGCUCGACUCUCUGGACGACGGCUCGCAGAGAAUCCAUGCCGAGGUGCAAUUGAAGAGUUAUGAAACAUUUCUUGAUGAUUACACCAACCAGCUGAAAGGAAUUGAAGAUGCAUUGGAUGACUCUAUUGGGGAUGUCUGGGAUUUUACACUUGAUCCUAUAUCUCUGAAGCUUCUGCCGUAUGAACAAUCCUCAUUAUUGGAGCUUAUUAAGACUGAAAACAAAGUCCUGAAUAAAGUGAUAACGGUUUACGCUGCUCUUUGUUGUGAAGUAAAAAAAUUGAAAUAUGAGGCCGAAACAAAAUUUUACAAUGGUCUUCUGUUUUAUGGAGAAGGAGUCACAGAUUCGAGUAUGGCGGAAGGGGAGUCACAGAUCCAGAUGGGCAGGUUAAUUUCUUUCUUGCAGGAGCUCUCUUGUUUUGUUACAAGAUGCUACGAAGUGGUGAUGAAUAUUGUCCAACAGCUGGCUUCACUCUACACCAGCAGUAAGACUGCACCAAAAAUCGUAGAAACCACAGGGGUUCAUUUCCAGACUGUGUAUGAACAUCUAGGGGAGCUACUGGCUGUCCUCCUCACUCUGGAUGAAAUAAUCAAGACUCAUGUCACCUUGAAGGACCACUGGAUCACAUACAAAAGGUUACUGAAAUCAGUCCACCACAAUCCAUCUAAAUUUGGAAUUGCUGAAGAGAAACUGAAACCAUUUGAGAAAUUGCUGUUAAAACUAGAGCGCCAGUUGCUGAGUAGGAUGAUUUUCCAGGCCUGUGUUGAACAGCAUUUUGACAAAAUAAAUGAACCAACCUCGGUCUCCAAAAAUAGCACGUUUGCAGAAGAGUUUGCCUACAAUAUUCGCACUAUCUUCAGCAACGUGGAGUCAAAGAUUGGGGAGCCCUCAGAGAUUGAUCAGCGAGACAAAUAUACUGGCACCUGUGCACUGUUUGUACUGCACUUCCAGAUCUUCAGGACAUUGGAUAAAAAAUUAUACAAAUCAUUAUUAGACAUUUGCAAGAAGGUACCUGCCAUAACUCUCGCUGCCAACGUUAUCUGGUAUGCUGACCAGUUCCUGAUGGAUAAAAUGGCAUCAGCUGUAAAGCUAACAGAGAAAAAAAAUCUUCAAUCUAUUAAAAUCCAGAGGGAGAACUUCUUGCAGCAGAAGGCCCAAACUCUGUCCAAAGAUGUGCAGUCAUAUUACUUGUUCAUCAGUUCGUGGAUGAUGAAAAUGGAAUCCAUCAUGUCCAAAGUGCAGAAUUUGGAUAACUUUGCUGAAGAUCUGUCCAGCAGAUGUAAUGUUUUUAUACAGGGUAUACUGUAUGCAAACAGUCUCCGUAACAUUGUCCGAACCACAAUGAAUCUGUACGUGUCAAUGCAGAAGCCCAUGACCAAAACAUCUGUGAAAGCAUUGUGCAGGCUCGUGGAACUCCUAAAGGCAAUUGAACAUACAGUGCACAGAAGGACCAUGAUUAUAGCUGAUUCUGUCUGUCACAUUGCUCAAUAUCUUCAGCAUCAGGCCCUUAAUUCUAUAUCAAUUGCAAAGAAAAGAGUGAUAUCUGACAAGAAGUACAGUGAGAGACGCUUGGAUGUGCUCUCCGCCCUUGUUUUGGCUGAAAAUGCUCUCAAUGGACCCAGUACCAAGGAACGUAGACUGGUUGUUGCCUUAGCAUUAAGUGUGGGGACUCAAAUGAAAACAUUCCGAGAUGAAGAGUUGCUGGUUUUGCUUGUGGUGCUGAAGAAGUUGGACGUGAUCAGUGAGCUGAAGGAGCGGAUUCAAGUUCUGUGCAAUUGCAACUUCUUGUACUGGCAUCGCACCAUAUUCCCCAUCUACCUGGACGAUAUUUAUGAUAGUGCUGUUGAUUCUGCAAGAAUACACUACAUGUUUAGUGCUUUGAGAGAUUGUGUUCCGCCCAUGAUGCAUGCUAGACUGGAAUCCACACACAUGUUGCUGGAAGCUUUCGAUAAAGAAAUCAUGGCUAUGCUGAAUGAGCACCUUUUGGAUAAGCUGUGUAAAGAGAUUGAGAACGACUUGAGACUGUCUGUGCACACUCACUUAAAAUUAGACGAUCGAAAUCCAUUCCGAGUCGGCAUCAAAGACUUGUCAGAUUUCUUUUCAAUCAAACCAAUUCGCUUUUUGAACCGAUUCAUUGAUGUCAAAGCAUAUGUAACUCACUAUCUGGACAAGAAUUUUUAUAACCUGACAACAGUGGCUAUCCAUGACUGGGCCACCUAUAGUGAAAUGAGAAACUUAGCAACCCAGCGCUACAGCCUCUCGAUGACUGAAGCACACCUUCCAAGCCAGACCUUGGAGCAGGGAUUAGAUGUUCUGGAGAUUAUGCGAAAUAUCCAUGUCUUUGUUUCGAGGUACCUUUACAACCUCAACAACCAGAUCUUCAUUGAGCGCUCAAGCAAUAGUAACCAUCUGAAUACAAUCAACAUUCGGCAUGUUGCAAACUCAAUCCGUACACACGGAACAGGCAUCAUGAACACAACCGUCAAUUUCACCUACCAGUUUCUGAGGAAAAAGUUCUAUAUUUUCAGCCAAUUCAUGUACGAUGAGCAUAUCAAGUCUCGACUAAUCAAAGACAUUCGGUUCUUUAAGGAGACAAAGGACCAAAAUGAUCAGAAGUAUCCUUUUGAUCGUGCAGACAAAUUCAAUCGUGGCAUCAGGAAACUUGGUCUAACUCCGGAGGGACAGAGCUACCUCGAUCAGUUCAGACAACUUAUUAGCCAGAUAGGGAAUGCCAUGGGCUACGUUCGGAUGAUACGAUCCGGUGGACUACAUUGUUGCAGUAAUGCUAUAAGGUUUGUUCCAGAUUUGGAGGACAUCGUGAACUUCGAGGAGCUGGUGAAAGAAGAAGAACUUUCUGAGGAAACUCAGACAGCUGCCAGACAGCUGGACUCUGUGCUCACUGAUCUCACCAGAAACUCUGCAGAAGGCACUGAAUAUUUCAAGAUGCUGGUCGAUGUAUUUUCCCCUGAAUUUCGCAGCUCUAAAAAUAUGCACCUACGGAACUUCUACAUCAUUGUUCCACCGCUGACUUUGAAUUUUGUCGAUCACUCGAUAAGCUGCAAGGAGAAAUUGAAUAAGAAGAAUAAAUUUGGAGCUGCAUUCACCGAUGAUGGGUUUGCAAUGGGUAUUGCCUACAUUCUCAAACUGCUGGAUCAAUAUCAGGAGUUUGACUCAUUGCACUGGUUUCAGUCCGUGAGGGAGAAGUACUUGAAAGAAAAGCAUGCAAUUGUCAAACAGCAAAAUGUUCAGUCAACUAAUCAGGAUGAAAAGCUCAUGCAAACCAUGAAUCUAACCCAAAAGCGUUUGGAGAUUUAUUUACAGGAGUUCGAGCUGCUGUAUUUCUCACUGAGCAGUGCCAGGAUUUUCUUUCGAGGAGAUCAGACAGCAGCUGAAGAAAGCCAGGAGGAGAAAGAGAAAGAAGACGAAACGCUGAAACCAGGCAACGGCAAUGCAAAUAAUUUGUCUCCAGAGUCCGCCAUGAAAUGAAGUUGGGCACCGUGAUCAGAGUGAACCCAGUCUUGUCUCGCUGCACCUUCCUGUGUUCCUUUCACCCUCUUCGUGCCUCGCAUUGUUUAUUUUGGCUGCUUUUGUAACACAGCUGACACUUUCAUGUGGGUUGUUUGCUGUCCUUGAACCUUUGCCUGGGUUACUGCCAUCAGAGGGACUGGCCCAGAGUUAGACUCUGGUCACUAGUGCCUGGCGUAGUGUGAAGGGCUCCAUUCAGGCUGAGACAGGGAAACCAUUGUUCACAAAAACCAUUGUUCAUGUGGAAUCUACUUCCCUAUUGGAUUUGUCCUUGUUUGGUUGUGCCUGAUGCUGGCUGACUGGUCCUGUGGAAUUUAAUACCAGGGUCAGGAUUGAACGGAGUAGCAAUGUGUUUGUGUGGUGAGAUUGAGCUGUGGCUCCACGCAACGAUUGUGCCAGGUUUUGCCUGUUUGCAUAUUGUUUUGUAGAAUUGUGCCUUACAGAAUAAAGAAUGUUGAGGCUGCAAAUCAUGUCACCUUGAGCAAAUUGUUUUAUUAAAAGGAGCACUUGUUAUUUGGUCCAGUUUGGGAAUGCACGUCGGCAGUUGGGAGGGCUGGCUGGCUGCUGCUUUGUUUCAACCUUGUGUUCAUUAAAGCUCCAGAAUUUGUGUUGCUA